UUCCGGAGUUCGGUUCGGUGGCCUCGUCAAUGUUCGGAGUGUUUUCGGGCAGUUUCGCAAGACGCGUCGUCGGACGACGGUGAGUACAGUCUGUCGUCGUCGAUUGACGUCACUCGUCCCGUCCUUUGCUCCGAAAUCGUCUGAAAUAUGAGCGCCGGUGACAGAAGCCGCGCUGUCGCGUUGUGUCGUCGUCGUUGCUGUGUCAGCGCAAAGUGUACAAUCGUGUGAGGGAGACGAACAAGAAGAAGGACGAAGAAGAGAAGGCGGAGAGGAAACGGAUAAACGUCGCAGCGCGGCGUCGCGAAAAGGUAUCCGGGAUCGCAGCGAUGUUCAAGACGACCACCUGUAAGAUGUUAGUCCAAGUGUCGGCCGUACUGCCAGAUGACAGGCCAAUAACUGCCAUUAGUGUUGUGGAAGACUUAGACAAGUGUCCACCCAACUUCACAGUGGUAUCGAGAACUUACGAUCAGGACACCGACGCUGAUCUAUGGAGGGAGAGUGGACUGUUCAUCAAGAAGAAGGGUAGAUAUAUCUGCUUCUCGAAGACUGAGGGCCAGCCGAACUGCGUGGUCGAAGAUAUCAUGGUGAUUAACGAGCGAGACACUCCGCCGGAAGGAUACAGCAUGAUCUCCUACACCGUGGAUUCGAGGCAGAAAGCGUGGCGAAAAAAACAGGUGUGCUACAAAAUUAGGAAUAAGGACCUGUGUACGAAAGCGGUCACAGAUAUAAUAAUAUGCAGCAGGACAACUCCAAACCACAAGGUUUAUUCGAAACUGGCUCCUGUUGGAUUUUCCGCUGCUGGUACUAUAAAUGGUGUUCACGUGUGCUACAAGACCGUAGAUAUCACAAAUGCGAAUUCGGAUUCGCAGUCGUACGUUAAUAUAGACUUACUGCAAAGUCCUUCUCCAAAUCCGUCGAAUGGAAUCUUUCACAGGCCAGCCCCCGAGAGGCCCCCGAAACCAAAGUUCUCACCAAAACCACCGGCCAAUGGGCUUUAUCCGCAAGUCGGCAGCACCGCUAACAAGGAUGACGAACUCGGCGAUCGAGAUUAUGAGGUCUUAAGUCCUAACGCGAGGAUCAGGCCAACGAGGCCCGCCCCACAACCGCCUAUGUCCACGACAUCCACCGUCACAUCAACGCCCAUUUACGGUACACUUCCGGGAUCGUCCGAUCUCGACGGAGUUCCGUUCGCGCUUAAUCCUCGUCUUAUUACUAAUCGUAAUUCUGCCAGUAACAAACUUCCUGUUAUCAAAGUAUGGACACAGAAGGACUUGGAUAGAGAGUUCUUCUACGACUUUCGUGCGGAAAGAGAAACUUGAAAGAUGACAACUUGCCAAAACUAAUUCGAAUUCUCGAGCGUUUUUCCGCAGUACUUGUACACGUUCGUAUCCGAUAUAAUGCUAACCAACAAGCGUAAAUGGAGUGCCUGAACGAAUGAUUUGUACUAACCCGCGAGAGAAUGAAGCCUGCAUGACGCUUAAAAUGGGGAUUGUGUAAUGUUUAAGAAGGAAUAAGAUAAAAAACUUAUCAAUGUACGCGGUUCUUCUUCCACGCCCCAUAUUUACAUUUUGAUACUGGUGAUAACGUUGUCAUAUUUUUAUAGACUUGCGUUAUUUUUUGAUAGAGAGUAGAGAUUAUAUAUGUAAAAUAUGUGUACACAUAAUGUAUCAUAAUGCGAGAUUUUCUGCGCAUCUUAAUAUCGCAUAUCUACGCUUCUAAACACGCGAACAAACGCAUAAUACUGUUGAGACUAGCAUCACAUUCUCGCCGCACAUUUAGUGGUUAACGCGAUAAUUUAAAUGCGUGGUGAGAUUGCAUGCCAUAAAAAGUCAUUUAAUUUUGUUGUUCCUUCUGUCCUUUUUUUAAAUAUAUUUUUUACUUAGAGAUUUGAAUGUUUAUUAUAUAAUUUUCUUUCAAAGUGCUGCUUUUCUUUCUUUACCUGCAAUGAAGUAUUAUUAAAAAUUUUUUUUUCUAUAUAUACUCUAUCAUGUGUAAUUCUGUUUGAAAGUAUAUACGGUUGUGUAUAGAACGUACUGAAAAAAACCUAAUUUUAAUAUUGACGGAACACAACGUUCACUCCUAAUCUUCUAUUCGAGUUCUCUGUUCUAUUUAUAAAUUCAUACAUUAAAUAAAUUUCCGUUCGAUUGCACACGUGUACGUGAAUGUAAUUUAAGAUAGAAACUUGUAUGUUAAACAAUAAUUUAA